AAUUUCAUUCAUAAAAAAUCACUCAUUCAUUCGUUGGUGGUACCGUUGUUCGGUCGAUUGUUUUUCCGAUCCGUGUUUUUGUAACAAAUUCAGGUGAAAAAUUCGUGUAGACGGCCCAGAGUCCGCGAAUUUUCCAGGAUUGCAUUUUGGACCAGAGAUUCGCUCAUCUUACGAAGACUUUGCGUGGGGUGUGUCCAUUUGCCAUCGACUCCCAUCAAUCAUCGAUUAGUCACCGUCGCCUUUUUUGGGGGGAAUUUCGUAUUUCUGAUAGCCGACAAUGACCGAGCGUCACACUUUUGGGGGUAAUCUAAACCCAAUCACCUGCCAUGCCUGGAACAAGGAUCGCAGCCAAAUUGCCAUCUCUCCGAACAACAACGAGGUCCAUAUCUACAAGCGGGAAGGAUCCGAGUGGAAGCUGCUGGACGUGCUGAAUCAGCAUGAUCUUCGCGUCAUGGGAAUUGAUUGGGCGCCGAACACGAACCGGAUUGUGACCUGUGCCGUCGAUAGGAAUGCCUACGUUUGGACCCAAGGGGACGAUGGCAAGUGGAAGCCAACGCUGGUUCUGCUGAGAAUCAACCGGGCCGCGACUUGCGUUCGUUGGUCACCGCUGGAGAACAAGUUUGCUGUGGGAUCCGGUGCUCGUUUGAUUUCCGUGUGCUACUUCGAAUCGGAGAACGAUUGGUGGGUUUCGAAGCACAUCAAGAAGCCAAUUCGUUCGACCGUUACGUCGUUGGAUUGGCAUCCGAACAAUGUCCUUCUGGUGGCGGGUUCGACCGAUUACAAGGUGCGAGUCUUUUCCGCCUACAUUAAGGACAUCGAGCAGCACCCGGAACCGACGGCUUGGGGUCCGAAGAAACCGUUGGGGCAAAUGCUGGCAGAGUUCAAGAAUUCGACAACCGGCGGUGGUUGGGUUCAUAGCGUGAGCUUCUCAGCCGAUGGUAAUCGUGUUUGCUGGGUUGGCCACGAUAGUGCGAUCAACAUUGCGGAGGCAAACAGUGGAAACGUGGCGAUUAAGCUAAAGACGGAGUACUUGCCGUUCCUUUGCUGCGAGUGGAUCUCGCCGCAAUCGAUCCUGGUUACCGGCCAUAGUUGCGUUCCACUGAUCUACACCUUCGAUGGAAGUCGCAUCGUGUUGGCUGCCAAGUUGGAUCAGUCGACGAAGAAGGAACAGAGCGGGAUCUCGGCUAUGCGGAUCUUCCAGUCGUUGGAUCGCAACUCUCGUACGGAGAAUUCCGACACCAAUCUGGAGUCGAUCCACCAAAAUGCAAUCACCUGUGUUUGCAUCUAUUCGGGUGACAAGGGAAGUGCCGGUCGCAUCAGCACUUCCGGACUCGACGGACAGUUAGUCAUUUGGGACAUUAACACGCUGACCCGUUCGAUGCAGGGUCUGCGCAUUUAAGCGUGCAACGUCAGUAUUCACCGGCCAAACGGAGGUAAGUAUGGAAUGAUGACCGAUAUAUUGUGUUUGUAGCAUUUAAUUCGCAUAAACAGUGCACUGCUGGCCGAUAAAGAAUCCAUUAAUAAAUUCCAAUCUUUACACUCAA